AUGGCUUUAUCUUUCUGGAUAGUCACGGUUUGGUUGCUCCUUUUUCUGUCGAUAAUUGAAAGUGCAUGCGGAUCGAUCCUCGAGGAGACGCUUCUGUUUGGAAACGCUGCCGCACAGGAAGGGCGCAGGUGUUGCUGGCUGCUUCGCGACGGCGCCCUAACAGUAACGCCACAUCGCGAGGAACACGCUGCGCAAGCAGAGCUGCGGAUUUAUGGGACGCUUUCGAGACUUGUAUCUAAUAAGCAGAAACCCCUGGCACCUGAGGAGGUCGAGUUUAUCUUUUAUCCUUCGACCCAGCGCGAGUAUGUAGGGUAUCACGCGCCGAACGGAGGCUCGACCGUUCAGUACUGUUGUCCGCUGGAGGCAGACGCAGAAUUGGAUGCCUCGACUCCACCAGGGUGUAAUGCAGCUACCGGAGGACACGUGUUGGUGGCCACGGCAGUCGCAACACCGCUCACAUUACCGCAACGCAAGAUGCGGACAGACUGGCACCGGGGAGCGCUCCUGCGCGCACGUGCACGACAUGGCGCACCUGCUGGGCCCUCUGAAGCGCAAACGAAUCGAAAGCAACAUCGAGAAAACGUUCCCCAAGGCAAACAAAGCAUCGAUCGGGGUCGGCCGUGCAUCUGCGGGGCACAGCAACGUAUGGAAUGGUUACGGGACGAGGCUAGCGAUCCGAUGCAGCAGCGAGCGCUUCAUGAUGCAGUGCAACUGAACGCUCAGGAGCAAGGGCAGGAGCAUGAGGAGCUAAUGAAGCCCCGGAUGCCAUUGGAUUUGAGCGCUGUUGUUGGACAGCGAGCAGUGGAGCGCAUCGCAGGUGUUUGGCAUCGACUCCGAUACCGAUCAGCGGCACAGGAGACACUGGAAUGCGUCGAACGGGGGCUCGCCACAGUUCGUGUCUCGCGUGACGCAGCUUUGGCACUGGCGGUACCCAUUUCCAUGGAAAGAGGUAGUUCCGGGGUCGCGCUUGAUACCGCCGAGGCAAAGCCAACAGUUCCAGCUGCCGCCCCAGGACGCCAGCAGCAGCAAACAGAGCGACAAGCGCAUCAUGAUCAGAGAAACGGCGUUCAAUUUGAAUACUUGAGGCAUACAGAGACUCGCGAUGUACAGGCACACGAGCAGGCGCCCUUCAGAGUUAUUCCUGUGUUGCAGCAGCGAAAGCAACUGAAUCAGACAACCGCCACGCCCGUUUACCGCUAUCGAUUGACGCUGCCGCGGUCCAGUUCGCGCAUGGAUUUCGGAGUGCUCAUUUUCCCGGUCCGAGAGAGCGGCAUUCACGAGCUAUUGGUGGCCUCGUGUACUGGUACGAAUAUCAGCAUGCACCUCGUUGCCGAAUGGCAGAGUGCACACGGCUACCUGGCAGCGGAGCUCUAUCCGCUACUCCCAUUCUACGGCUGGAUGACAGUGCUUUAUGUAGCAGCCGGGGCUGUGUGGAUACUCGCCUGCUACGUCCAGCUAGGUCGUCUCUACACUGCUCAGCAUGUGACCACGUUCCUGCUAGUUCUCGGCCUGUUCGAGUCUUUUCUUCAUUUUCAGGCAUAUCACUGGGCGAAUCAAUCAGGCAAGCGUAUCUGUUGUCCACCGGGUGGCCUCGUCAUGAUCGGAGAUUUCGUUGCAACCGUCCGUAGCACCCUGACCCGCGUACUCGUGCUUGCAGCGAGCAUGGGUUUGCUCCUGCUCUCUCCGAGACUGAUGCCCCCGAAAGCACUGCUCCUGAAAUGGUUCGCUCUCGUGUAUACGUUGAGCGCUGGCUCCCUGGAAAUGCUCGAAACGGUAUCACAGGGUCGUCGAUCUGGCUUGAUGGUCGUCGUGCCGGUCUCAGUACUCGUGUCAAUCCUCGAAACACUUUUCUAUUUCUGGAUGUUGUUCGCCCUGCGCCAGACCUGGAUUGCCCUCCAGCGCCGCGAUUUGUCUGAAAAACGUGGACGUUUUCGCAUCUUUAUCGUCAUGCUUGUCGCCUAUGCUUGUUCGGUUUUGGCGUACGUGGGAUUCGCGUUUGCUUUUCUCUGGAAAGGGGCAAAUGGUCGAGGAGGUAUCACUGAUGCAAAUUGGCAUCUUUUCUGGUUGGUUGGACCCUACCCCGGUCUCGGUACAGGGGCACUCGGUGAUACCGCUUCCGUCAUGAUACUGGCUGCCAUCAUGUGGAUCUGGUUCCCCACAAGCACCCGACACGAGGAGCUGCUCGGUACCGGAGGCACACCGACUACACCUAAUCAGCUGAUGACGCUUCCCGCGAAGUCGUCGGCUCUACGGAGAGCGUCUGGAGAGCGUCUCGAAUCCCGUUUCGAGCUGGACGAAGAAAACGACUAG